ACCCACAAAAUCAGAUCCAAUCCAUCCAUCCAACUCUGAAUCAAUAAUUAACCAAAAGUUGAAGAAAAAAUGGAGAAAAUAUGUGUAGCAGUUAGAGUAAGACCACCUGUAAUUGUUAGAUCAGAAAAUUCUGUCGAUAACAACAACAACAAUCAGUGUCAAUGGAAAGUUGAAGAUAAUCGAAUUUCGCUUCAUCGCUCUCUUACCGGAACCCCUCUUCCCCCUUCUAUUUCUUAUACUUUCGAUCAUGUUUUCGAUCAAGAUUGUUCGAAUGCUAGCGUUUAUGACCAUCUUACAAAGGAUAUCAUUCAUGCCGUUGUUGACGGAUUUAAUGGUACGGCGUUUGCAUAUGGGCAAACAAGUAGUGGAAAAACGUUUACUAUGAAUGGGUCUGAAAAUGAUCCCGGAAUUAUUCACAGGGCUGUCAAAGAUAUUUUUGCCAAGACAAGCAUGUCGAUUGAUAGGGAGUUUCUCAUUCGAGUUUCAUACAUGGAGAUAUAUAAUGAAGAAAUUAAUGACCUUUUUGCUGUUGAGAACCAGAAACUGCAGAUACAUGAAAGCUUGGAGCGUGGAAUAUUUGUUGCAGGCCUUCGGGAGGAAAUUGUUAAUAGUGCUGAGCAAGUACUGCAGCUCAUUGAAAUGGGGGAAGUUAACCGUCAUUUUGGUGAGACUAAUAUGAAUGUCAGAAGCAGUAGAUCCCACACUAUCUUUCGAAUGGUGAUUGAGAGCAAAGGGAAAGAGUCGAGUGCUACCGAUUAUUCAACUUUCGAUGAUGCUAUUCGUGUUUCUGUCUUGAAUUUGGUGGAUUUAGCGGGAUCUGAAAGGAUUGCCAAAACUGGAGCUGGUGGAGUUCGAUUGAAGGAAGGAAAGUUCAUCAAUAAAAGUUUAAUGAUUCUUGGAAAUGUCAUUAACAAAUUGAGUGAGGGUGCAAAGCAAAGGGCACAUAUUCCCUAUCGAGAUAGUAAGCUCACCCGUAUUCUUCAACCUGCCCUUGGUGGCAAUGCAAAAACUUCAAUUAUAUGUACCGUAGCACCCGAGGAGGUUCAUAUAGAAGAAACAAAAGGAACCCUUCAAUUUGCCAGCAGAGCUAAACGUAUUACCAACUGUGUUCAAGUAAAUGAGAUUCUUACAGAUGCUGCGUUACUAAAGCGACAAAAGAUUGAGAUAGAGGAACUACGCAAGAAACUUGAGGGAUCUCAUGCGGGGGUUCUGGAGCAAGAAAUCUUGAAUUUGAGAAAUGACAUGCUCAAGUUUGAACUGGAGCGUGAAAAGCUUUCCAUGGAAUUGGAGGAGGAACGAAAAUCACGCAGGGAAGGAGGUAGCAACUCUAUGAAAGAAAAUCUGAGAGAAGAAGUGAGUGACACUUGUAGUACACAGCAAGGAGAUGCUUUUAGUACCCCUACUUAUAAACCGGUUGCAAAUGCAUUUGUUGCUAAACGAUCUUACCGCUCUAGAACACCUGAUUUUAGCCCUCUUCCAGAUGAAUUUGGUGAUAUUGCUGAUGAGGAUACAUGGUUCAAGAUGAACAAAGGCUUCAUCGCUGACCUUGAUUCAAUUGGUAUGACACCUGCAAAGCAAGUUUCUUCGGUUCCACCAAUUGAUGAAAUUUCUGAUUUGAAAGCUGACUGUUACAAAGAAGAAGUUCAGAAUCUUCGAAAGCAAUUGCAGCAAGCUAUUGAUGAAAAAAUAGGCUUUGAGAAACAACACAAAGAACAACUAGUUCUGAACAACCACCUAAUGGAAGAGAUAUCAAGACUCAAAAAAGAAGUUACAGUGAUCCAGGAAAUUCCUCAGAAGUUGAACGAGUCCUUGGCUAAUUGCAAAGCCGUAAAUGAAGAUAUGGUCUCUGCUUUUCAGAGUUUUGUAGUAGAUGAGAAGUCCCCGACUUCAAAAUUGUUUUCAAGCACAAGUGAUAUUUUUUCGUCACUUAUAUCAACUUUUGAAGCACAUGUCUCUAUGGCCAUGGAUGCGUUUAGAAGUACAAGUGAUAACAAUGAAGAACAUAAAGCGGCUGCUUUGGAGAAACAGAGCAGCUCAACAAGAAAAUCACCUAUUCUAGAUAAGGACUUCAAUCUGGGAGAAAAAGUUGCUUCUUGGAAGGCUGAAAUGAGUGAUGAAAUAAAAAUGAUUAAAGAAAGAUAUGAGAGGCUGGAGCAAGAGUUGAUUACGAAGAACCACCUUCUUGAAGGUUCUAAAGAAAUAAUUCAUAGUCUCGAAAAAGAGUCUCAGCUAUUAUUAGAAGAAAGGGAUGACUUACUCCAGACUGCAUCUGAUUUGUCAAAAAGAGUUGCAUCAUUAACUCAGGAAAAUGAGAAGGUUUUGCAAGAUUUGAGCUCUGAAAUUCAGAGGAGGAAAGAUCUUGAAACACAAAUCAAACAGUUUAGCAUUGCUUUUGCUUCCCGUCAAAGGACACUCAUGUCAUUCCAUAGCGAGUUCAAAUCUAAACUCGACCACUUGAAAGCUCAAAGUCCAGUUCUAGGAACCAAGUCUAUUGGAUGUUGAAAAUCCAAGUUCUGAAACUUUCUCUCAUUGAUAUAGUCAGUUUAUUUUUAUUUUCCAUAUCUCUACCUUUGUUGAUGUAUUUAGAUGUUAUCCAGAGGUCUGGUUCAUGCUUAAUGAAUCAAAGAUCUCUGAUCAGUUGCGACAUUAUUUAAUUUUGUGAUUGAAACAAAAAUAUUGCCUAU